UGGAAGGCUGCUACCUGGCAGCAUUCAGUCUGCCUUCAUUGCUCAACAACUCUCUUUAAUAUAUUCAUGAGAUCACAGGGCUAAUGUCUCCCACAGAGAGAUUUCUUCUUUCCUUCUCUUGAAGUCUGGCGGCUGAACGUUUGCAGACUAGAGCAGAACACUUUGGAAGAAAAGGGGAGGUGGGGUAUAAUCCAGUAUGACGUCAUCUGACAAUGAUCACUUAUGUAUGAUCCAUACAUCAUGCAACAUGGUGUGUGAUUUCUACUUGCAGUCAUUAUGCACCUACACUACACUUCUUAUGCCUCAUGUGCAGCACAAAAAGCUUACACACACACACACAGAUGCAAGAGGCAGCAUCUGUGUCACUUAAACCCAGGCAGUGUGUUAGCAGCAGGGCCAGCCAUGCUUCGGAGUCAUUAGAGGUGUCUGCAGUAUCUUGCCAGAGGGCAGUGCAGUGUGGAGAAUAAACAGUCCAACCUGCCUGUGUUUUUCAGACCUCUGUUGCCCUGGAAACAGGUUCCUGAGAUUUCCCAUUUCUUCAUUUUUUUCUCCUCUCUCUAUCCAUAUCACCCCACUACCACCACCUCUACACUCCACUUGCUGCAGCUGCCUUUGCUGCUACCUCCCCCACGACCUGCCGCAUAGUACAAUCAUGCACAAUUCCAAUCUGCUGCAGUCAUUUCACAAUGUCACAGCAUGAAGCCCACAUAGCCACACAGAAACACCAAGAGGGUGCAGGCAGCUGAGGCACUGACCCUUCUCUCACUCAAAGGCUGAACGGCCAUCACUGCUGCAACAGUCUGACUUCCAGGGGGAAAGAGGCAGGCGGGGGCUGAAAAGACAGAGGAAAAAGACAAACCAGGUUAUGACUUUGUGUUUGAUGGUAGUCCAUAUACAAUAUUGUCUACACUGUUUCUCUCAAUAAUGACAUUUACACAUAAUUCCUGCAGGUGGGUUCUCAUAAUGUUAACACCCAUUUACUGUCUGCAGUUAUUCCCUAAAGAGCUAAAUAGAGAAGGAAAAUAGAGCGCCGUGAGUGCUGCCCUGUCUCCUCACUUUCAGGCCUUUUUAAGUCAUCCCUGUGUUUCUGCUCUGUUGUGUGUGCAUUCCUUUGUCGUGACUUCUCUUUGGCAGGAGGCAGAGCAUUCCAGGGAAAUGGCUGACCUAGAAUAACACACACAAAGUCAGGAUGACUGAGGCAGUGAGGUCCUCCACCCUCUCACUGGCCGAGCUUACUGAAACUGCUGUUUACUGAUCGUGUGGAAAAAUACAGCCAUACAGUGCGCUGUGUGGAUGCAGCUGGGAGAGCAGCUCACAUGACUGUUAUCACAAGAACACAUGACAGCACUCUCCCUCUGGCUCCACUGUGACUCCACUGUCAUUUCCUCUAAAUAUACGGGAUCUCAGUCUACACCCACUGCCUCAUCAACAGGCCCGCUUCUCCAGGACGGGAUCACCAGCUGCUUCCCAAGAUGGCAAAGUCAAGAUCCGAAAUGGAUAAACUGACUGAUCAUGACAACUCUCAAACGAAUGAUCUCAUAUCAUUUGAAGACAACCAACAUAAUGAAAACAGGAAACCUGACUUGGUGAAACAGCAGAGCAGUGACUCCAGCUCAGCGCAGGCAAGCAGCUCUGCUGGCUCCUCCUCUGAUGGAUGCAGUACCACGAAGGGUAAUAAAACAAAAGACAAAGAUACGGAGUUGGGAAUGCUAACCGGUGAAGACAGCUUGUCAGAUUGUCAGCUGAGUGACCUGAAAAAAUUCCCACAGCAUGACGUGCUUGCCCCACUGAAGUUCAACAAGUCUCACACUGUUCUCAUAAACGUGCAUGCUUUCACCUGUGAAGCAAAGAUCCUUCCUCAGGAUGGGAGAGACCUGUGGCACAGUGACUUUGUGAAGAUGCCAUGUUCACCAACUAGCACCGCUACAACAAGGGGCUUAAUCGGAACCAACGUGGUGAAGAGAUGGGAACUCAUCGACAAGCAGCUGAAAAGUCUUGCCAGUCUGAAAUCAGUGAAGGUAGAUCGCCUAGAGGAAGCCAUCCUUAACUACAACCCUGCGUACAAAGGCAAGUGGUCAUUUGAUGCUCUAUCCAGUUUAGUUAAGCAAGUCCCAAGAACAGAUAACUACUUUGAAGAACUGUUUCCUAAGAUUGCGGCCCUGGCCUUGAAGCUGCCUCACCACGUCAAAAAGGCUAUACCACUGCUUCAGAGGGGACACCAUGCAGCCAUCACUCUGUCACAGCUCCAGAUUGCCUGCCUGCUUGCUAAUGCUUUCUUGUGCACCUUUCCUCACCGGAACACCCAGAGACCUGAAGCAGAAUACCAUAACUACCCAUCCAUCAACUUCAACAAAUUGUUUGGAUACUCGAAGAGGAAGAAAGAGAAGCUGAGGGCCAUCAUGCAUUACUUUAGAGUGGUGACACAAGAGGAAUCUAAACCGAAUGGAUUGGUGACUUUUGAGAGGUUUUGCAUCGGAAACUCAGAAAAACCCAACUGGGGAAGCUGCGAAGAGAAGCUGCAAAAACUUCACGUUACUUCACAGGGCAGCAUUGAGAAAGAUGGUAUAGGGAUGCUUCAGGUGGACUUUGCUAACAGCUUGAUUGGUGGAGGUGUUCUGGACUCUGGUCUGCUUCAGGAGGAGAUCCUGUUCCUGAUGAAUCCAGAACUCAUCGUGUCUCGCCUCUUCACCGAGAAACUGGCGGACAAUGAAUGUCUCAUCAUUACAGGCUCACAGCAGUUCAGUUCUUACUCUGGUUACAGUGACAACUUUGAAUGGACUGGGCCUUAUGAAGACCAACUCGAUAGAGACCACUGGCAUCGGCUGAAGAGGCAGAUCUUGGCCAUCGAUGCUCUACACUUCAGAAACCGAAGGGAUCAGUACAACAUGAGCCACAUCACCCGGGAACUGAACAAAGCAUACUGCGGUUUUAAAAAGCACCACAAACAUGAAGAACCAGACAUUGCCACAGGGAAGUGGGGCUGUGGAGCGUUUGGAGGAGACGCUCAACUCAAAGCUCUGAUUCAGCUGAUGGCAGCGGCAAAGGCUGGGAGAGGUUUGGCUUUCUUCACCUUUCAAGAUAAAGGACUGACUAAAGAACUGCAGGAGAUCUACCACCUGCUGACCAGCGAGGGGACCACAGUUGGCAAACUGUUCAAACUUCUGGACACCUACUGCACUCGGCAGCGGAGAGCAGAAGAUUCAUCCCAGCACCUGUUCGACUUCAUCAGAUUAUCCAUCACACCCUCCAGAAGUCAGCUUUGAAGACGUCUAAGAUGUUUGCACUCAAGACUGAAGGAUUUUUGUCAUGAAGCAGUAGAAGCUACACCUUAACAAUUUUUUUAAGGUUUGUUAACAGUGACCAAGUAUUGAUUUGUCUGUUCAGGUGAAAGAACUCUUUAAAUUAUGAACAAAAAUUAUUCAUUUGGGUUGACUAGCAGGUAGCAGAAAGUGUAUUUAUAGGACGUUCUGAGGCUGAAAGCAGCAGGUUCAAACCAAGAAUCAACAGUUUUAUUUCUUAUUCUAUGGGGAGUCAAAAGGCUAACCAUCAAUCUGCUGAUGCAGGGAAAAAAACCCACCAGAGUUAUAAAGUUGGGUGUUUUAGUGUCACUAUGCUGAAAAAAGUUUUAGCAACACUUUAAAAUAAGGGUCCCUUUAGUGCAUUAUCAAGCAUUAAUAAACUAUUAAAUAAAGGAUUAACUACUGCUUUACCUUUAUAUGUACUACUAAGCAGCAAUCCCCCAGCCCCAGAGUCUUAAUAGUUAAUAACGGCAAUGUAAUAAUGAUACCCUUGUAAAUUGUAAAGUGUAACCAAGGUUUCAAAGGAAAAAAAAAUACUGUUGCUAUAAAAGAUGAAUGAUUCUGUUUUUCUUUAACUAACUUUCUAAAUGAUAAAAAUGGAUCAAACUUGA